AUGUCAUCCACACGCAUGCCUUCCCCCGCAAGCUCAUCCUCCAACGGCGCCUCACCGCCAACAAAGCCGACAUUCGCGACGCAGCUGUCAGAGGGCAGACCGCCAUUCUCGCUGCUGCACGAGAUCCUCUUCCUCAGCUUGAUCGUCUCCACACAGUUGCUGGCUCAGGCUGGCUUGGGUCAGGUCAUCGCACCGCUGCACAUCAUCGGUCCCCAAUUGGGCACCCGCGAUCCCGGUCAGCUGAGUUGGAUGCCGGCUGCCUACUCGCUGACCAUCGGCACAUUCAUGUCAGUCGUUCGCAUCACCUCGUCGUCCGCUGUCCGCACACUGCUUAUCCUAUUCCUUUCCAUUCGCCCACCCCGCUCGCACUGCAUCAGAUUGAUAUCAGGCAGGCUUGGCGAUGUCUACGGCCAUCGCAGGCUUCUUGUCGUCGGCUUUACAUGGUACGCCGUCGCCUCGUUGGGAGCAGGUCUGUGCGCCUACGAUCGUCAUUCUCCUAUCCCUUUCGAUGUUCUGCGCGCCCUGCAAGGUAUCGGUCCAGGUCUGCUGCUUCCGAACGCUCUGGCGAUCCUCGGAAGGACGUACAAACCAGGUUUGAGGAAAGCCCUCGUCUUUGCCAUCUACGGCGGAUCAGCUCCUACCGGCUUCAUUCUGGGCGCCACCUUUUCCAGUCUAGUAGCGCAGCUAGCCUGGUGGCCCUGGGCAUACUGGCUCACCACCAUCGUGUGCGCCGCGCUGGCAAUCGGCUCUCCCUUCAUCGUGCCAGCAGACCACGAUGCCGUGCCGCACCUCGACUUUGGCGAAACGGCCAAGAGGCUGGAUCUGGUCGGAUCCAGCAUCGGCAUCCUCGGCCUAUGUCUGUUCAACGUGGCCUGGAAUCAGGCGCCCCUUGUGGGCUGGCAGACUAGCUACGUCAUUGUGUUUUUGGUCGUCGGCAUAGCCCUCAUCGCGGCUUUCCUCGUUGUAGAGACCAAGGUUGCUCAUCCCAUUCUGCCUUGGAAGACCUUUUCUAGCGAGGCCAGUUUUGUGCUGGCCUGUGUCGGUGCGGGCUGGUCCAGCUUUGGAGUGUGAGUGAGGAUGUGGUUGGCGUGUUGCAGCAACAUGUUUGUUGAGAGUCGCGACGCUAAUCUGCGCUCCUUGACGAUCGCAGCUGGAUGUACUACUGGUGAGUGCUUUGUCGGCGUGCUGGCACUGCGCAAGACUCUGACCAGCAACGGCGACACCCCCACAGGUAUCAGAUUCAACAAAUCAUCGAAGGCGACUCGCCCUUGCUUGCCACCGCCAAGAACUCGCCCGUUUGCUUGGCAGGCAUGACGGCAGCAAUGUUCUGCUUCUACUUCAUCACCAGACUGCAGUCCAGUCUGCUCAUGAUGCUGUCCAUGUGCGGAUUUCUGAGCGGCAACCUGCUCAUGGCACUCAAGCCAGCUCAUCAAAUCUACUGGGCUCAAACCUUUGUGGCCACAUUGACGACACCGUGGGGAAUGGACAUCAGCUUCCCUUCUGCUACGUUGAUUUUGAGCAAUGCAAUGCCCGUCGAGCAUCAAGGAAUGGCAGGCUCGCUGGUCGCCACCAUGGUCAACUAUGGUAUCAGCAUCGGCUUGGGGAUAGCGGGCACCGUCGAAGUGCACACCAAUAGGGCAGGCACCGACACGCUAAGAGGUUUCCGCGGAGCCCUCUUCAGCGGUGUCGGGCUGGCGGGCUUCGCGCUGCUGACCAGCGUCGCAUUCUUCGUAUUCGAGAGCGCGCAGAGCCGUGGGAAGGGAACCUUGCGAGCGGACGAGCACGAGCGCGAACACGAGCCCAAGAGGAUGAUGGUAGAUGGACGAGACGAUGCCGCAAAUGGUGAAGCAGCGCCCGACGCAGAUGCUUCCCGCGCCAACCCUAUGAAGCCCCCACGUGAUACUUGA